UGGAAGACGGUCCUGUUAGCCCACAAUGGCGUUUGCACCUCCAAAAAGCACUAAUGGUCCCAAAAUGCAGACCAAGAUGAGUACCUGGACACCCCUAAACCAUCAGCUUUUGAAUGACCAGGUGUUUGAAGAGAGAAGAGCUCUGCUGGGAAAAUGGUUUGAUAAGUGGACAGACUGUCAAAGGCGGAGGGUCUUGGCCGGGCUGCUAGACCGCUGCUCCCUGUCCCAGCAAAGGUUCUGCUGUCGGAAGCUCCAGCAGCAGCUUCCAGCCGAAGCUUUGGAUUUCACCACCCAGCUGCCCCGCGUGUUGUCCAUACACAUCUUCUCCUUCCUGGACCCUCAGAGCCUCUGCCGCUGCGCUCAGGUAAGCUGGCACUGGAAGAAUUUAGCAGAGCUGGACCAACUCUGGAUGCUCAAGUGUCUUCGGUUUGACUGGUGCCUCGAUUUCUCUCCAACGCCCUUCGAGCAGGGUGUCUGGAAGAAGCACUACAUUCAGAGAGUCCAAGAGCUUCAUGUCACCAGGCCCCAGACACCUCCUAAAGAUGAUUUUGUGAUCCCUGAUGUCCACCCAGUCCCGAAUAGUCCUCUCAACGAAAAGCAACCCCCUUCUUUGGCCUUCUGGUCUCCUCCGUGGAGGAAGAAGAGUUGCCCCAGGGAGGGAGUGCUGCCGCCUUGGCGCUCCUCUGACAAGCAUCCCACGGAUAUCAUCCGCUUCAACUACCUGGACAACUGGGAGCCCCCGACAGCAGCCUUGCCAGGAAGGAAACGGCACGACAUGACCCCGGAGUUCAGCCAGAAGUUACAUGACAAGAAAAAUAAAUUGCAGGACAAGGCUAAAUUAAGGAAAGCACAGUCAUUGACGUCAAGAAAAAGUCCUUUCUCUGUAUCUCUGAGUGCAGAACCCAGAGCCCUUUCAAAAGUUUCUCUUCGGCUUGCCUGGUCCCCCGAGCCAGGAGCGGAGCCCCCAACCACAGAUGCAGCAGCGAAGAUCCUCCUGCAGCAUCUCCAGAGACGACCUAGGCCCCCAACGUUCCUGGGGGUUCAAAGCUGAUUCCAAGCUCUGAGA